AUGGAUGAUGGGACAGCAGUGGAUAGGAGGCUUUUGGCACAAUCUCCCACAGCUUCCUUUCUGAGACAGAGAGAAAAACUGAUUGAAUCAUACCCAGAGGAGGACUCAGAGUGCACUUUCAUCAAGUUUGUGGACAACAUCAAAUUAAAGCAUAUAGUCAACAUGCUCCAGGGAAGGGCUGCCAUUCAGAGGGGCUUAGACAGGCCAGAUGAAUGUGAAAACAGGGAUCUUAUAAAAGCGGCGGCGGGGCAGGGCGAGGCGGCGGCGGCGGCGGAGGCGCCGGCCACCCCCUACGUGGGGCUGCGGCGGCCGCUGGGCUACAAGCUGGCCAAGGCCACCAAGGAGCGGAUCUGGCGGGGGGAGUUCAUUGACCUCUUUUCCUUGCUCCACACAGAGCUGGCCCCCGAGCACGGCCCGCGCCCGGGGGACACGCUGGACCAGUGGGUCUCAGCCUUCCUGGUGUACGCCAGCGUGCUGUGCGAGAAGCACCCGGCGCGCUGCGGAGCCAUGUUCAAGUACCUGGACACCAUCCGCAAGCUGCACGCCACCUACGGGGGCACCUCCUGGAUGAACUACGACGAGGACUUUAGGCGGCGGGCGGCGAAGAACCCCUCUCUGCCCUGGGGUGACGUCGACCUGGACCUGUGGAUGAAGUGGAUGGCGCCGCUCAAGUCGCUUGUCCCCAGGCACUCGCGGGCUGAGGUCGAGACGCAGCCCUCGCCGGCGCCGCCGGCCCCGCCAGCGCAGAGCCCCAAGCAGGAGGAGAAAAGCCAGACUCCAUGAAAACAGAAGGCCAGUUGGGAUGGCAGUCAGACUAAUUGGCCUGACUCCGUUGGUGUUUAAGUGGAGCUCUGGUAUUCUAGUGCAUUCUUUUACCUCUGCUUCUGUUGCGUUGCAAGCUGUGCUAGAGAAGACGUAGGAAAUUCAUUUUACCCAAUCAGCAAUUGUAACAAUGGACUACAAACCUGCAGAGCAAGCCAGUUUGCUGGAAAACAGGAAUUCCUGCAGCGCAGCACUUGUCACAGACUAUCCAAAGAGGGCAAAGAUUCAGGAAGGUGAAUAAAUUGAACAUUGGUUGAAUGAGGUCAGGAACAGUCUCCCGGAGGAGAACCCUGCUCUAAAAUACUACUUUGAAAGUAAAAGCCAAUUUAAUGUGCAGAUUAAACCUUCUCAUUUGACCAAACUGUGUGCAAUCCUGGAUCUUUGCAGAUCACAACCGGACACUUCAAAACCUUAUGUAUUAUAUUUGUUUAAAAAAAAAUAAAUCAUAACUUGUCUUGUUACAGCUGUUACUUUUGCCAUUUCAUUGAGAAUAUUUGCAACAUAAAUGUGUAUUUGACUCAAAACAGUAUCAUACACUUGCUAUAAUAACUCAGGUUGUCAACAGAAUUAUUCUGUGAGGCUCAGUAUCACCUCUCCAUUGUUCUUUAAAAAAUGCGUUAACCAUUGCUGUCAUUGCCAGAUAGCCCAACUGUGCAUUACAAAAUUCUUCAACUAUAGUAAUUGACCUAAAUUAUAAUUUUGUUUUUAUUCUUGUUAGAAUACUUAAGAUCCUGAGCAUCAGACUACACUUUUGUAGCCUGGUGUUCAUGAAAAUUAUGUUCGCUGGUUCAUGGUUUAAUCGUUCUGCAUCUCAGUGUUUUGUUUUCUUUUCCUUUUUCCUUGCAUACUAGGGGUUAUGAUCAAGGUAAUACUAUGAUCCAGUAACACACAUGAUGGUAAGGGUUUGCCUUUAGUUGUUUCAGGAAAAAGUUGCCAUUAUCUCCUCUCCUUUACGUUUCUCGAUAGUUCCAAUAAUAUGCGUAACAUGGAGUGUUUGUAAAUUGAUAUCAAACUGUUUGUGACUUCACCUAAAUAAAUUUUUAUAUUCAAAUGCUGUUCUUAA